AUUGUCACUGCAGGGAGGGGGUGUGUGGAAAAUCAGCGGGCUUUUAAUGUAUCGCACCAUGUCGAGACGCAGGGAGGAUGUGUAACGUUAGUGCACGCUGGAAAGUUGCUUUUGACGCGUGAAAAUGUGUUCGACUGCGCGUUUCUGAAGCCGCGAUCGCACGAUAUAUUUGAGCAAAACCCCUAUUCAAAUAGACAUGCGUGAUGUUUAACGGUAUCCAAAACAUGUAAAUGGGAGCUUGUAUGUGUUUUUUUUUUUUUUCACCGGUUACUCCAGGCAGGGUGACCCUAACGUUAUUUUAACCGCCGUUUGUUUUUUUAAGCCGUCAAAUGAAAGGAUCACACUGUGACUGUACAGAACCGUUGACUGUUAUAUGCGGUAAGAGUGCUAACUCACUAUAAAGUACGAUCUGUAUUAUUUUAAACGCGCGAUUAAUGACAGUUCGCUCAUGCGAAAGACUGUCAAACGAGCUAACGUUAACUUGUUCAGCUAAGCGACCGUCUCUGUCCAUGGCUUUUGACAUUAACGUUAGCCAGCAUGGUGAUUUUAGGGUUGUACCAGAAGGGAAAAUCAGCAUUUGAAAUGCGACGGAAAGUUGGAGAGCGCCUCAGUUUCAGGAAAGGUCUCCUUGGGCUGAUUGUGUAAGGUUUUAUUCACAAUGAAAGCAACGGCAUAGGCAAAAGAGGGAAUGGCUUGUGAAUUGUCCCAGUCCUGCCACCUGCAGUCGGACAUCCUCCUCCUCCGCCUCUGAAGGACAUCAGUUGUUUAUGGGAACUACUGGCAUUGGUCUCCUGAGGAUAUAGCUCUCCCUUUGGGACGCCAUUUUUCCACCCUCGCUGAGACAAGGUGUGGUCGGGAGACAUGGCUAACAACUCAUACAGCGGGGUGAAGAACUCUGUGGCCGAGCCCAAUCACAAUGGAGAGUUUGGCUGCUCGCUUAAAGAGCUGCGCUCUCUUAUGGAACUGCGAGGGGCUGAAGGAUUACAAAAAAUCCAGGAAACGUAUGGGGACGUUAAUGGACUUUGCAACAGACUGAAAACAUCGGCAGUAGAUGGUUUAAGUGGGCAGCCCUCAGAUAUUGAAAAAAGAAAAGCAGCAUUUGGACAGAACUUUAUACCUCCGAAAAAGCCAAAAACCUUUCUUCAGUUAGUAUGGGAAGCAUUGCAGGAUGUAACAUUGAUUAUUUUGGAAGUGGCAGCAAUAGUUUCUUUAGGCCUUUCUUUUUAUAAACCUCCAGAUGCAGGAGAUAAAAAUUGUGUGAAGGGAACGGGUGGAGAACCUGAGGAAGAAGGAGAGACAGGGUGGAUAGAAGGUGCAGCUAUCCUGCUUUCUGUUGUUUGUGUGGUGCUCGUGACUGCGUUUAAUGACUGGAGUAAAGAGAAGCAGUUCCGUGGCUUACAGAGCCGCAUUGAACAAGAGCAGAAGUUUUCGGUGGUUCGUGGAGGGCAAGUCAUUCAGAUCCAUGUGGCCGAGAUUGUCGUCGGGGACAUUGCACAAAUAAAAUAUGGCGACCUCCUGCCCGCUGACGGCAUUCUCAUCCAGGGCAACGACCUCAAAAUAGACGAGAGCUCUUUAACCGGAGAGUCUGAUCAUGUCAAGAAAUCAUUGGACAAAGAUGCCAUGCUGCUGUCAGGUACACACGUCAUGGAGGGCUCUGGAAAAAUCGUGGUCACUGCUGUCGGAGUCAAUUCCCAAACUGGAAUCAUCUUCACAUUAUUGGGGGCAGGAGAAGACGACGAUGAUGAGGAAGAGAAAGAGAAGAAAAAAGAAAAGGAGCGAAAGAAAGAGAAGAAAAAUAAAAAGCAGGAUGGCUCUGUGGAGAACCGAAAGAAAGCAAAAGCCCAGGAUGGGGCUGCAAUGGAGAUGCAGCCUCUAAACAGUGAUGAAGGGGCUGAUGGCGAGGAGAAGAGAAAAGCCAACUUGCCAAAGAAAGAGAAAUCGGUUUUGCAAGGGAAGCUGACCAAAUUGGCGGUCCAAAUCGGAAAAGCAGGUUUGUUGAUGUCAGCCAUCACCGUGAUCAUCUUGGUGGUGCUGUUCGUGGUGGACACUUUCUGGGUGGAUAAGAUUCCUUGGGAUUCAGGAUGUAUACCCAUCUACAUCCAGUUCUUUGUUAAGUUUUUCAUCAUUGGUGUGACCGUACUGGUGGUGGCCGUUCCUGAGGGUCUUCCGCUGGCUGUUACCAUCUCAUUGGCUUACUCUGUCAAAAAAAUGAUGAAGGACAAUAAUUUAGUGAGGCAUCUUGACGCCUGCGAAACCAUGGGCAAUGCCACAGCCAUCUGUUCAGAUAAGACAGGAACUCUGACUAUGAAUCGGAUGACAGUAGUUCAGGUUUUUAUUGCUGACAAGCACUACAGGAAAGUUCCUGAGCCUGACGUUGUCCCUGCCAGCACCAUGGACCUGCUUAUAGUGGGCAUCAGUGUCAACUGUGCUUACACCACCAAAAUUAUGUCCCCUGAGAAGGAGGGAGGCCUGAAUCGUCAGGUGGGCAACAAAACUGAAUGUGCCUUGCUGGGCUUUGCCUUGGACUUGAAAAAAGACUAUCAAGCAGUACGCAACGAAAUCCCUGAAGAGAAGCUUUACAAAGUCUACACCUUCAACUCCGUCAGGAAAUCCAUGAGCACCGUGCUAAAGAAUGAUGACGGAAGCUACCGGAUGUUCAGCAAAGGAGCCUCAGAGAUUCUGCUGAAGAAGUGCUUUAAAAUUCUGACAUCGACGGGUGAGGCGAAGGUUUUCCGGCCCAGGGACAGAGAUGAUAUGGUGAAGAGAGUAAUCGAACCUAUGGCCUCUGAGGGCCUGAGGACCAUCUGCCUGGCUUACAGGGACUUUCCUGCUUCUGAAGGAGAACCAGACUGGGAUAAUGAGGCCGAUAUCCUCACCAGGCUCACUUGUGUGUGUGUCGUGGGCAUUGAAGAUCCGGUUAGGCCUGAGGUCCCUGAUGCCAUUAGAAAGUGCCAGCGUGCUGGAAUCACGGUGCGCAUGGUCACAGGGGACAACCUUAAUACUGCCCGAGCUAUAGCAACUAAAUGUGGCAUCCUGCAGGUAGGAGAUGAUUUCCUCUGCUUGGAGGGCAAAGAGUUCAACCGCCGCAUCCGUAAUGAAAAGGGAGAGAUCGAACAAGAGCGGAUAGACAAAAUAUGGCCUAAACUCCGGGUCCUGGCGAGAUCUUCGCCCACAGACAAGCAUACACUAGUUAAAGGAAUAAUUGACAGCACUGUUGUGGAGCAGAGACAGGUUGUAGCAGUAACAGGAGACGGCACCAAUGAUGGCCCUGCCUUAAAAAAGGCCGAUGUUGGGUUUGCCAUGGGUAUAGCCGGCACUGACGUGGCUAAAGAAGCCUCCGACAUUAUCCUCACUGAUGACAACUUUAGCAGCAUUGUCAAGGCCGUCAUGUGGGGGCGAAAUGUCUACGACAGCAUUUCAAAAUUCCUCCAGUUCCAGCUCACCGUCAACGUGGUGGCUGUGAUUGUGGCCUUCACUGGAGCUUGCAUCACACAGGACUCUCCUUUAAAAGCUGUACAGAUGUUAUGGGUAAAUCUCAUUAUGGACACACUUGCCUCUUUGGCCUUGGCCACUGAACCCCCCACUGAAUCUCUUCUGCUGAGGAAGCCUUAUGGCCGUAAUAAACCGCUCAUCUCUAGGACAAUGAUGAAAAACAUAUUAGGUCAUGCUGUCUACCAGCUCAUCAUCAUCUUUACUCUACUGUUUGCUGGUGAGAAGAUGUUCAACAUUGACAGUGGACGUUACGCCGAUCUUCACGCUCCCCCAUCUGAGCAUUACACGAUCGUCUUCAACACCUUUGUGAUGAUGCAGCUGUUCAAUGAAAUUAAUGCACGGAAGAUCCACGGAGAACGAAACGUCUUUGAAGGCAUUUUCAACAAUAUGAUCUUCUGCACCAUUGUCUUUGGGACAUUCGUUAUUCAGAUUGUGAUCGUGCAGUUUGGAGGAAAGCCGUUCAGCUGUGUUGGUUUAAACAUUGAACAGUGGCUAUGGUGCAUCUUCUUGGGCUUUGGAUGUCUACUCUGGGGACAGGUCAUCUCCACGAUCCCCACAAGCCGGCUGACGUUCCUGAAGACUGCUGGUCAUGGAACGCAGAAGGAGGAAAUCCCGGAUGAGGAGUUGGAAGAGCUGGAAGACCUUGAUGAAAUUGACCACGCCGAGCGAGAGCUCCGCAGGGGGCAGAUCCUCUGGUUUAGAGGCCUCAACCGCAUUCAGACCCAGAUGGAUGUAGUGAGUGCGUUCCAGAGCGGAAUUUCCUUUCAGGCGGCCGUCAGGCGCCAGCCCUCCAGCGGCAGCCAACAGCACGAUAUCCGGGUGGUGAAUGCAUUCCGCAGCUCGCUGUCACCCUAUGAGGGUCUGGAGAAGCCAGAGUCUCGAACCUCCAUCCACAACUUCAUGACCCAUCCAGAAUUCCGGAUAGAGGACUCGGAGCCCCACAUCCCUCUCAUCGACGACACGGACGCGGAGGACGAUGCUCCCACAAAGAGAAAUGCGACCCCUACACCUCCUCCUCCACCCUCACCCAAUCAGAACAAUAAUGCCGUCGAUAGCGGCGUGCACCUCUUCCUGGAUCCCAGCAAAUCAGCCACACCUUCAGCUCCCGGGAGCCCCAUGCACAGCCUAGAGACGUCCCUUUGAUCAACUCCGGCCCUCGGUACGGCACACAACACCUGUUCAUCUCCACAGAGACUGAAGCCUGGAGAACUCAUUGGAUAAGAGUGGCGAAGCCAAGGAGCUCUCGGGAGCUUAGCCCUUAGCUUCCGCUUCUCUUUAUCUGGAUGGUGUUGUACUUUUUUUUUUUUUCUUUUUGCCCUUUGCUUAUUAAAACACUGAUUUCUGCAUCAUUUUGGCUGUUAAUAUUUUGAAAUAUUUAUGUUUUUUGGAAGACACAGGUCUGUUUACAAAGUUUGUAGAUACUUUUUUUUCUUCUGUUGAUUGGUGGAAGAGCUUCCUGAUGCAGAGAAAUGGGGACAAAUGAGAAAUAUUUCAGAUACUGCUGUAUUUUCAGGAAAAAAAGGGUGUUUCUAUGGAAACCGAACUAUUUUUGCCUGCAAGUUUUAUUUGUUAUAUAUUUGUAGAUACUUAGAACCUCCUAGCCAAAUAGAUAACACUAAGGCUUGUAUAGCAGUGAGCAGAGGUAUUGAGGUCCAUGGGAGGUUUUUUUUCUUGGGAUGGGUGAGGAGAGGGAGCCGUAGACGAGGAUCUCUGUCCAUACAUCCAUCUCCUCUCAUACUUACUUCACCCCCCCCUGAAUUAUUUUUCUUUUUUUAAGCUCCAAGUUUGUGUCUCAUUCUCGUUUGGAAUUUGGAAAUGGCUGGAGCUGGAGUCUUCACGCUUUCAGUGGUGUGAAUUUUAUUUUUUAUUUAAAUUUCUUUUUUUGGAAGUGGAGGCCACGCUACUUCAGCCUUUAAAGAAUGAAUGCAUCUGUGAUUUUAACUAUUUGAAAUGGUCCACAGUCAGUUCAACGAUGACAUUAAGUUCCUGCCAAUGUAUUAUAAGUUUGUUUACUCAGGCUGAAAAAACCUAGAUAAUUGAAUUGAAAAUGCAAUGAUUUAAAUUUUAACUUAAGAUUGUCUUUUAGGUAGUAAAUUGUUGUUUUGGUUUAAAAGGAAAAAUAAAGGAAGGAAAAAGAGUGAAUUGUUUUCAAAAUUUGUUUCAUGUUUUUUUUUUUCUUUUUCUUUAAAAAUAAUAUUUCCUCAAGUGUUUUGUUUGUUGAUCAUAUGAAAAUGAAAAAGGAUGUACUUUUUGUUUUCCUGCUUAUUCCAUAAAAAAUUGCUGUCAGCUAAAAAAAAACAUUGCUGCAAAUGUUUGUAGAGUAUAUUUAAGACCUGAAAUACUGGAAAUGCGAAGGAAUUAACAUGACGAAUUUUCAAGAAAACAUGCGUAUAACACUGGUAUCACAGCACAGGGUACUUUAUUGCAGAUUCCCAAGGAACGUUUUGAUACAGACCAUAUAAAUAAAUUGUAUUUUUAUGCAGAAAUAAGAACAUCUCAACCUGCUGAACCAGACCUACAGGGAUUUUUGCAUAGAUUAUAUUCACUGGGGGUGGGGCAAUCUUUAAACAAGGGUCGUGAUUGGUUCUCCAAGUAAUCUAAUACUCAGGGUGGCUUAUAGCAUGAAACUUAUGGUCAAAAUAAUAAUGUUUUGUGUGUUUUUUUUUUUGUAAUGUUUAGAUUUAUUUUUGGCAGCAGGGUUCCAGUUAAGACUGUUGCUUCUCUCCAAUUGUUUGUUUAUAAAGGAUGUAAUUAAGGAGAAGAAUUGAGAAAAACGUGAGAAAGGGAUUCAGAUUUUUUCAGUAAUCGCAACUGCACAGUUUUUUUUUAAGUUAUUUUGUUUUAUCCUGUUUAUUAAAUAAAAAGAAACUGCUUAAGUUUGCAAUUUAGAGCAGAUAUAUUAAAACAAUCCAUAACUCUUUUUUUUUUUUUUUCUAUAGCGUCUUCCUAUAAUGGGAAUGAAUGUUUAUCCAUCUGUUUUAAGGAUCUGUUUUGUUUUUUAUCUUAACGUUUGGAAAUAAAAUAACAUGUCUGUUUAUCUUGCGCAAUGUAAAUGGAUAUCGUGAUUCAACUUACAUUUUAAACUUGUCGAGUAUCGUGUAUGGUUUUUAAGAAUAAAAAUUGAUAUUUAGCGUAA